CCAACGUGCAGUGAACUUCCGCAGAAGAACUAACUCCCAGGUGAACUCGAGCUAUCGUGAAAAUACGCAUGUUCAGAAGAGCGACUUGGGAACAACCAUGCCUGCUCAAGACACGGCACAGGAGGAGUUGUCUCCGGGUAAUGUCGCUUUCGCCCAGUCUGAUGCGGAGGGAUCUGAGGAUGCAGUGCUGUCUAAUGUCGGAGUGCCUGAUAUAGGGGAGGCUGAUGCAGUGCUGUCUAAUGUCGGAGUGCCUGAUGUGGGGGUGUCAGACGCGGAGGAGUCAGAAGGUCUCAGAGGUGGCUCUGAUGUGGGAGCCGCGUCUGAUGUGGGGGCCGAGCAGUCCUCGUUGCCGGGGUCGCCGAGAGAGGUUCCCCAUGAUUCGCUGGCGGCGACCGGCCGAGCAACGAGCGAGCCGGGUGUUUUUAGCGUAAAUGAAGCGAGCCAUGGGGGAGCGGAUACACCGACGCAUUUACAUGAAGGAGAUAGCGAAAUCUCCUCGGAGGAAGAAGACGAUAUGGACCACGACGAUCCCGAGAAGUUUCACAUUGGCCCUGCAAGGCUGCAAUCUCCAGCGAGCCGUGGAGGAGGUGCGAGUCCACACCAAGAGGGACUCCUUCGGAAAACUAGGGGCGACGAGAACGUUCCAGCACCGGCUUUCGCAGAGAGCCUUACUGACGAGAGCCUUAGUGAACGAGGAAAGCUGCCAGGGGAGAGUCAGAAGGAUACUGACAGCGAAUCGGACCAGCUGAGAUUUGGCGAGAGUGACACGGAAGGAAGAGAGGUGCAGAUGAGCAAUGGAGACUCCGAAGGAGGUGAUAGGCCCGCUAAGCCUAAGGAGGACAACCUUGUUCCUCAGGACUUGAAAAAGAUAGGUCAGGCUGAGGAGAAGGAGACCACGACGAAGGAUGAUGGCGCUGACAGAGGAGAGGAGACCCAAGUUGCAGUAAAGCACGAGAAACGCGCCGCUAGCCGAUCUGACAAGAAUGAAAAGCCGGAUACGACGAGUGCUGAUGGGACAGGAGAAGUGCAGGAAAAUCA